AUGUAUUGGGGAGAUAGUCACAUCCUGUUGAAUACCUUGUGCUGGUGCUGUCAUCGAAAAAUCUGGUUACACUCUGGGGAGGCCCAUAGGACGGAACUGCCUCAGCCCUGAGAUGCACAUCUGGCCGGAGCAGGCCCACCAUGAAUAGAUACACAACGAUUAAGCAGCUUGGGGAUGGGACCUACGGUUCUGUCCUGCUCGGAAGAAGCAUUGAGUCUGGGGAACUGAUUGCCAUUAAAAA